AUGCUCUACACAGACCAUCAGGCUUUGCUUAAGGUUCUCAAAAGCGAAGAUGUAACGGGGCGCAUAUCCCGAUGGCAGCCAUGUCUGAGCGAAUACGACCUCGACCUUGAGAAGAAGGGCCUCGAGGCAUCGUACGUGGAUGAUGAGAUGCUCAUCUGCGGGUCAAUUUCUUGCUACGUGAGUGGAGGACUGGGUGUGCUUCAUUUCUUGCUGCCUACGGAAAAUGAACGUAGACUGCUUGCGUCGGUGGAAAUGGAAGAUCAUGAAGAUGAGAGGUUCUAG